CCGUUUUGCUCCAAUUGAAUGAAAGAUUUGAGUUUCAAAGACCUUGAUGAACACAGUUGAUGUAGUCAGAGUCUUGAUGCUUCUCCAUGUUUCUGGUUUCUCCUCAGGACUCUGUGCUGAACUCCAUUCAGGAGGUUCAGAGGAAUUCAGGCUGGUGGGAGGAGCCAGUCGCUGCACUGGCAGACUGGAGAGGAAGGUUCUGGAAGAAUGGGAAGAAGAGGUUGAAAACUAUGAUAAUCAGAGCUGGAACUUGGAGCGUUUGGAUGAUGUGUGCAAAUCACUCAACUGUGGAUCUGUGGUGUCUAUGAGGAGAAUUGAAACGUCUUAUUCUUUUGAGUUUAACGUGGAGGUCAUCUGUUCAGACUCCAUCAGGCUGGUGAACCAUCUGUGCUCAGGCAGGCUGGAGGUGAUGCUGAACGGCUCGUGGUCCUCAGUGAAUGAAGAUGACUUUGACCAGCAGGAUGCAGAGGUGGUCUGUAGGGAGCUGGGAUGUGGGCCUCCAUCAGGCCUCCAGGGGGCGUUCUAUGGAGAAACGGAGGCUCCAGAGUGGAGCAGAGACUUCCUCUGUGAAGGUCAUGAGUCUGCUCUCCUGAAAUGUAGAAGCUCUGUUCAAAAAUAUUCUGGAAAAGCUGCUGGACUCACCUGCUCAGAUUCUGGAAACAUUCGGUUGGUUGGUGGAGACCAUUAUUGUACUGGAAAACUGAAUAUGAAGUACAAAGGAGAAUGGAUACUUGUUGGUGGCUCACACAUUAACAUGAAGUUUGCAGAGUCUGUAUGUGAACUGUUGGACUGUGGUUCAUUAAUCACAUUCAGAGGAAGACGACAAGACUCUAGAGACACUAUCUGGGGACUGGAUGAUAGUUGUGAUAGAUCUAAUUUAAUGAAGUGCAGGAAAUUCAUUGAUCAAGGCUGUGAUUUUUAUGAGAUCACCUGCUCAGAAUCCAUCAGGCUGGUGAACGGAGACAAUCAGUGUUCAGGCAGGCUGGAGGUGAAGUCUAACAACUGGUGGUCCAUAGUGUGUGAAGGUGACUUUGACCAGCAUGAUGCAGAGGUGGUCUGUAGGGAGCUGGACUGUGGGGUUCCUUCAUUCCUCCAGGGGGCGCUCUAUGGAGAAACAGAGGCUCCAGAGUGGAGCAGAGACUUCCUCUGUAAAGGUCAUGAGUCUGCUUUACUCGACUGUAAAAGUAGCAGUUCAUCUCAGAAGUUCUGUUCUUCUGGUAAAGCUGUUGAACUCACCUGUUCAGGCCGUUUAAAGUUGGUGGGAAUGACCAGCCGCUGUGCUGGGGUUCUGGAAAUGUUCAACCACAGAGAGUGGAGACCAGUGGAUGUCGGUGAAUCACAGAAAAGCUGGAAUCACGAAGACGCAACUGCAGUGUGCUCACAGCUGGGUUGUGGUUUUGCUGUGUUCCAAGAGAUCACACACAAUUCUACACUGACAAAUAAAUGGAGGAUCAGCGCCUCCUGUUUGAAGUCACUUUCUAAUGACUGUUUUCUUCAUUUUGUGAAUUUAUUCACCAAUUGCAAACUGGAGGUAUCAUGUUCAGAUUCCCUGGAAAGUCCAAACAUCUCCGUCUCUUCCAGCUGUGGGGUCUCCAAGGCUAGAAAUCAGGGGUUGCAGAUCUUCUUUGGUACCAGUUUCAGCAUCAUUUGCUCCUCCCAUCAUCUGUACCAAGGCGGGAUCUUCCAGCUCAUCUUCAACAACUCCACCACAACUCUGAACAACACCCUGCCGGCUGUCAAUAACUCCGCCCUCUUCUCAUUCUUGGAGGCGAGCCACGCCCACCAAGGAGAUUACAUCUGUGUUCACCACGUCCACAUCAACUCCCAAAACCUGACGCUCCAAAGCCAGCAGCUGAGUCUGACUGUUUUAGUUUCAGUUUCUGGGACUGAAUUCAUCAUCAGACAUGUUGUGGUCCUGCUGAUCAUGGUGGUUUCAACAUCUGCCCUCUACGUCUACUUUAAGACCAAGAGCAGGCGGAUGCAGGAACCCAAGAGAAACCGUCCUGUUGAUGAUGGUCCAGCUCUGAGGCCAAGAGAGAGGAGGAGACUGCGGGAGAACUGAAAACACACACUCAGCAUUUCAGGAAAUGAGGUUUCUGAAGUGGAGACGAUUAUCAUUUGAUUACAGUUGGAAAAUAUAUAUUUUUUACUAACAUGUUAAAGUCUGUUAAAAACAAAUAUUUGUGAUCUGGAAAAGGCAGUCUGCAGUAAAAUGUUCCAGAAAAACA